GUAAUAUUUUACUGGCAGCGCUUAUUUUUUUCCCCUGGCGUGCCUUUCCUCGUACAGACGAGAGAUCGUGAACCGCAGCGAAUGCUCUCAAGUGUCUCACGCACACGGUGCCCCCCCCCCCCCUCCUCCCCGUGCGUGUUCAUCCGCCGCGUCGUGCGCCCAUUCACACCGCUUGAGGGCGUUUGCCAGCAGAGAUUCCGUCUUUUUCCUUUUUUUGCGCCUGCAACGCAGCGCAUCUCUAACGCGCAGGGUAUCCUUCGAAGACUACAGAUAUUUCUUCUUGUCUUUUUUCCCUCUCAAGCCAGACGUCUAACACGCACGCACACACACAGCAACCAACCAAUAGUAUAGAGGAGGAGCACGCAUAGAUCUUCACUCCAUCGUGACCACUUCGACGGUCCAUGUGGGUGAUAUUCUUCCACGACACCCCGCAUUUUUGGCUCAUCGGCGGCGAAACCUACCGAGUCGGCAAGAAGGACUGCCACGUUGUAAUUCUGGAUGACCGCAGCAUCAGUCGCGUGCACCUCACGCUGCAUGUUGGGCUUCCACCGCUCGACGGUGGGCCGUCAGAGGAGGAGCGGCGGGACAGGUCACCGUCCUCCACCCCGCAGCCCAUCACGUUAACCGACUCGUCCACCUACGGGACCGCAGUUGCGGCUGCCAUGGAGGACGUCGAGGAGGAUGAAGAGACGCAGGAUUCCAACGCGCUUCACGGAACCACGGCAGCGCUGGACACGGGUAUUGUUGGGUUACGGUACGCACCGUCCGCCGUUGCCCGCGGCAGGUCGGGGUCCGCAUCGCAUCGAAGUGGCUCGGACAAGAAGACCAAUGUACCGCCGGCACUGCAGCUGACAAAGGGCGUGCCCUACGACGUGCCCGUGCAUCGUGCGUCAUGGCGGCGCUUCACGAUUCAGCUCGGUCACCACGGCGCUGCGCUGCGGUUGACGUGGGUGGACGUGGCGGUGCUGUGCGAGGACAUCGAGGAUGAGAUGCAGACGAAGCUGGCCCAUGCCCUGCGAUCUUGUGGGGUGCGUCGUGAGGAGAUCGCCGCAGACCCUUCUCUUCCACCACCACCAUUACCACCAUCAUCGCCCCACGGCACAGCGGAAAACUCUUCUGCAGUGCCGCAGCAACAGCCGUUGAGCCGCAACACCUUGAGUGAGCGCAGUGCGACGGGUGGGGAAGGUGUGCCGAUGGGUGCGAGGCCGCUCCCGGCGGUUCUGGGAGGCAGUGGUGUGCUAAGCCUCAGUCAACGGACGUCCGUGCCGGCUACGCCGUCGGGGUCUGGGCCUUCUCCCGCUGGCCCUUCACACCCCACACAGGCCUUCACAGUUGGGAUGGCAUCAACGACGACGACCGCCGCCUCCUGCUACAACCACGUAGAUUUCUUAGUCACCAGCACCGUGCAGCCUUCCACCGCAGUGGUGGGGAUGCUGUGCAGGGCGGUGCCGAUUGUUUCGCCUACCUUUUUCACGGCGAUUCGUGAUCGCGUGUCGCCGCAGCUGCCGCUGCCCGACCCGCGCCGGUUUACCCCGCCGCUUUCGACGUGGUGGCGCGACCUGAUCCAAAACGCUCGCCAGGCCUCACUGGAGGGGGUGAAGGCCGCAGCGGCGACGUCUGGUAGCGGAUCGCACACGGCGGACACGUCGGCCACCGUCUCACCUUCGGUGUCCUCGGUAAUGGUGGCGGAUCCCCCCGUGCCCACGACCACAGCAGGGUCAACAGUGCAGCAGGCACAACUGUCUGCAUACUUCGCCCCCAACCCGCAGCGCCGUGAGCUCUUUCGUGGGAUGACCUUCGUCGUCGUGCAGCGCGUGCUGUACGAGGAAGUGAUGACCUACCUGGACUGCACCGGCGCUACGGUGGUGUGGGAGGGAGCCCUCGGGGACUGGGUCACGCCCUCCUCCGAUGGCUCGGCGGCUCUUUCCUUCUCCUCACAGAGCUUUCAGGAGAUGCAAUCCUUCUUUGCGCGUCAUCAGCGACACGUCGUGCUGUACAACGAGACGGCGGAGAUGCCAUUUGCGCUCUGCCUCCCCGUCCUGCAGCAUGCGCUGGGCCUGUGCAGCGUCGAGUACGGUUUGCUGAUCGAGUCUAUUGUCCUCGUACGUGCACCGCCGCCGCUGCUGCUGGCCGACUACCCCGACCAUGCACGGCUGCCGCAGACGGUAGAGGAGGUGCGGGCCCGCGUGCGGCUGGCGCUGGGCGAGGCCUCCUCAGCGCACGACUCCGACACCCAGGACAGCGAGUGGAAUGCGGGUGCGCAGGACGAGGACACCGCCACAACAGGGCGUCGCACCGAUGCCCAGCCGCUCUUUCCGGAUGUUGCCGCGGACACUGCGGAUGGACCGCCGGCGCUGCACAAAGGGGGUCAAAGCGGGAACGACGGUCUUUUGCGCUCGGAGGCCCAUCCGCACAAGCGCCCGCGAAGAGAGGACGCAGACGGCUGGGUGACUCUGGGAAAGUCCGCUGCUGUGGCAGCUGCUGCAACUCCCCAUAGCGGUGUGGCUGUCCCAUCCGGCCUCAAGGAACGGGAAGAAGGAGCGACAGGCACUGCACGGACGGUCGACGUUCACUUCAGUCCGUACGCUCUGCCUCCUUACCCGUGCUUUGCCGAUACCACAGCGGCGACAACAGCGUCCACCUCAGCAAAUCCAGCGGAGCAGCGCAAGGCCUUUGUGAAGCAGGCCUUGCCUCCUGCCGAGCCGCUGGUGGAGUUGGAGGAACACCGCGCUCGUCGGCAGCUCGCCGCCAGUAUGCUCGUGGCGCGGGUGCCGACGGUAGACGCGGAUACUGUCGUGCCGGAUCAAGUGGUCAUGGGCAGCAGCGGCAGCGCACUGCAGAGCCGAGAAGCGGCGUUGGCCAAUGCGGCCUUCAACACCUUCGACACCGUCGUCCAUCACGCGUCGAAUAGGCGGAGAGGCACGGCGGCCCGGCGCGGCCGCGGUGGUGGCGGUGCGAGUGGGUCUGCGCGUACGCGGUCUGCGCCGCAAACCACCGCCGCUUUGUCAAGUUCGACGGCAGCCCGUCCCUUCGUCGCCGCCACGCCGGCUGCGGUGGUGGACGUGGACGACGUGGGGCACGAGGUGACGGAGGUCGGACCGCGGGAGAGCACCGCGAGCAGCGCCUUUCACAUCUUCGACAUCGAUGGCAUUUUUUGA